UACACGAAAUUAUUCAACUUGCUGCAUACAACAUGUUUGGCACUUUCAUAACAAUCGCCACGUUUGUUUUAAGCGGACCACGAAUGCGUUUGAUUCAGACCAUAUUGAAAAUUUCAAGACUUCCUUCGCAAAUGUAUCGGAAACAGUCUAUGCUGAUUCAUGCCAAAGAUAUUUUCGGUUUUUUUUUCUUAGUCGUGCAAUCAUUCGUUUUUUAUAAUCAAACGCAACUCUCUACCUUAAUACGGAUGAAUUCGUUGUACAUGGUUCUACUAGUGUUUCAGAUGGAUAUGCUCUACAUAAAUUGCGUUUGUGUAUUAAAAGCUUGUUUCAUUAAAAUCAAUGACGAUUUAUUUAAUUUACUCAUUAACGAUGAGUCGCAUGUAGUCAAAUGGAUUACCCGCGAGCAAAGAAAUUCUCUCUUGUUAAUGGAGCUCAAGACUUUACAAAAGCAACAUUUGAUGGUUAGCGAUACAGUACAGAAAUUAAGUAUAAUUUUCAGUCCGCAGCUACUGGCAUCUAUAGCCUCAAAUUUCAUUUACAUUACAUACGAAAUAUACUUCAAUAUGGUGCAGUGGCAAGAUGGAUUAUUAUAUAUUAGGUGGACAAACGAGAUUUACCGUUUUUAUAUAAUACCUUACAUUGUGUAUCUUCUUAUAAAAUUAGCGUUAAUAGCAUGGGCUUGUGAAACCGGCAAGAAUCAAGCCACAAAGAUUAGGACUACCGUACAUGACGUACUUAACAGCACCGACGACAUGCAAAUCAAAUAUGAGUUGCAACUAUUUUCUUUGCAAAUAAUGCAUCAUAACAACACAUUCUCUGCGAAAGGUCUUACUCUGGGUGCCACGCUUAUUAAAGCGGUAAGUGUCUAUCAUAGCUGCAACCAUUUAAUGCCUUCAAAUUAAAUUACAGCAUUUACUUUAUGAUUUUACUUUUAGAUGAUAGCUACUGUUACUAUAUACGUUUUAAUUUUGGUCCAAUUCUUGAUUACGUCGCAUUCAUGUGAUGGAAAAACUACAAUAAACCGUACACAAGCAUCUUAUUAAAGCACUUGCAGUUUCAUAAAAAAUACUGUAUAUGAUCCUGAACAUUCAUUUUUAAACUUUGAAAACAGUUUUUCUUUAUUACUGCAGCUAUAUAUAACACAUUGUUAUACACAAAUGCAUUUAAAUAUAUUUAAAGUUUAAAUAUUGCAUUUGCUGAAUAACAAAACAAAAUUUAAUCUGA